CGCGAGCGCAGAUCGCCGAAGCCAGGCGGCGGAGAGGGAGCUCGAGGCGGCGGAGGAAGGCGUUCGCCACAGUCGCUGAUUUCCCUGGGGAAGAGAUGGGUCUCUCCUUUGGGAAGCUGUUCAGCCGCCUCUUCGCCAAGAAGGAGAUGAGGAUUCUCAUGGUCGGGCUCGAUGCCGCCGGUAAGACCACCAUCCUCUACAAGCUCAAGCUCGGCGAGAUCGUCACCACCAUCCCCACUAUCGGAUUCAAUGUUGAAACUGUUGAGUAUAAGAACAUUAGCUUCACUGUUUGGGAUGUUGGUGGCCAGGACAAGAUCAGGCCCCUGUGGAGGCACUACUUUCAGAACACACAGGGACUUAUUUUUGUUGUAGACAGCAACGACAGGGAACGUGUUGUUGAGGCUAGAGAUGAGCUCCACAGGAUGCUGAAUGAGGAUGAGCUGCGUGACGCUGUGCUGCUUGUAUUUGCAAACAAACAAGAUCUUCCCAAUGCUAUGAAUGCUGCUGAAAUUACUGACAAGCUUGGUCUGCAUUCCCUGCGACAGCGGCACUGGUACAUCCAGAGCACUUGUGCUACAUCUGGUGAAGGGUUGUAUGAGGGGCUUGACUGGCUUUCCAGCAACAUCUCCAGCAAGUCUUGAAGCUUUUCGGCAGGGCUCCUAGCGAGAGGAUGUCUGAACAACUUAUGGCUGCUUUUUUUUUACAUAUUAUUACUAAGACACAAGCUACAGCAGAUAUAGUACUUGUGAAAAAAAGAAACUUCUGAGCUCUUUUGAGGGAUUGAUACUAGAUUGGAUUGUGUUUUUGUUUUUGGGUCGAUACCAUCGCCUGUUCGGUUCCACAAAAUUGACUGUCAACUAUAUUUACCUAUGUUCGGAGAUUGUAUGGUAAAUUAAAUUGACAUGCUUU